AUGCACACCGAUGGAUCUCCCUGGGGGCCCCCCGGAGACCCCUCGGAUGGAUGGCGGGAUAUGCAAGAGGCUUUUAGCAGCAGCAGCGUUGAGGAGGCCCGAACAGCAGCAGAAGUGAAAGCAGCAGCAGCAGCAGCAAAGCCACGCUUAUGCUUUCUCGCGUGCUACUUAACGCAGUCUCCCGUUAUUGGUCUCUUCUCCUUAUCUGUCCCCAAGUGCUGUUUCUCGCAGCAACAGGAACAAGAGGAAGAAGCAGCAGCUCUUGGGCUUGUGCUUGAAGAUGGAAGACUGCAAGUUUUAGGGUUCAGGGACCUCAACCUGCUGCUCGAGAUUCAGCCGGAGGGGCGCGCUGUGCUGAAUGCGGCAGCAGAUAAGAAGGCUCAGUAA